AUGGUUGAAGUUAAGCGUACGGUCAGAGUCACCACCACCCAGCACGUGCUCAAGGACAUUCCUGCAGUUCAGGAAGGUUUCCCCAUGAGAGAAUGGUCUAUCAGUGUAUCCUUAGUGAACGACAAGGGAGUUGAAGUUCCUGCUACUAUUUUUGACAAGGUCACGUAUGCGUUGCAUCCUACCUUUACAAAUCCCAUGAGAGUUUUCAAGAAACCUCCGUUCACUAUAAUGGAACAAGGUUGGGGUGGUUUUGAUAUCCCAAUAACUUUAACAUUGAUAGACAAAGGUGGCGACAAGAAGAUCAAUCAUGAUUUGAAUUUCUACAAGGAGAAGUAUGUCAUUGACAAGCCAAUCACCAUUAAUACAACCAAGCCAAACCUUUUAAAGGAACUAGCAAAGUCAGGCCCCGUUCCAGGAAUUACAGAUGUAAAUAAUCCAACCGCUGAAAAUGGUACCGACACUGCCGCAGCAGGUGGUAGUACCAAUGGUGCAGCCGCAUCUACAGCAGAGAAACGGAAAAGUACAGCGGACUCCAAGAAUGUGAAAAGGGCCAAAACAACAGCUAAUAAGGGUGGUGUCGAUUUGGAGAAAAUGGCAGACUUAUUGACCAAGUUGAAGGAGGAUGAUUUGCUAGGCGUGGUGCAGAUGAUCAACGACAACAGAACACCUGAAAUGAACAUUAAAAACGACGUCGAUAAUGGUGAAUUCACUAUGGACUUAUAUACACUACCAGACACGCUAUUGAAAAGUUUGUGGGACUAUGUUAAAAAGAGGGCUGAAUGA